UCCCCACUCCUUUCUUUCCAUCUUCCCAAUUCACAUUUUCCUCUCAUUUUCAAAACAAAUAUGGCACUCGCCACGACUCUUACUCUUUUCUUCUUCCUCUUAUUCCACACGUCGUUAGCCGUCACUUACGAUGUGAUGACUUUUGGAGCAAAACCCGAUGGUGUAACAGACUCCACCAAGGCGUUUCAAGCCGCGUGGAGUGCCGCCUGCGGCUCCACUCAGGCGGCUGCCAUUAAUGUUCCGAAUGGGAGGUUCUUGGUUGGCAGCAUAGUGUUUAAUGGCGAUUCCUGCAAGAACAAUGCGAUUACCAUUACAAUUAAGGGGACGCUGGUUGCUCCUGGAGAUUAUAAUGUCCUCGGGAAUGCCGAAAACCUUUCUCUUAUACACAUCUCUACCUGAAACAAGGACUCCCUGAGACAGGCGAUUUUGCAUUCCAAAAAAAAUACCGAGGCACAUAUGACAUGUCCCCACGUUGUUGUUGUAAGCCCCACCAUGGCACCAUCCCUGUCAUCUCAUUGGAUCGGAUUGGAAUAUUUCCAGAAAAUAUAAACACAUACAACAAUU